ACACCGGGGUAGUUGUUUUUGUUGUGAAUCAGGAAGCUCCCUGUUUGAACAUUGGGUGUGUAGUGUUACAUUACGCGGAAUAAAUUGUGGUUUUAUUCAUUGGAUUCUUUGUAAAAAUUAUUGCAACGCACAACGACAAAGAGUUCAACAAAGACGUUCUUCAUAAAGGAAAAGGGGAUAUUUUGUAUCAGGAUCCUGUAUGGUUGGUUGGUGUCAUGAGCAGAGAUGGCACUGGAGGAAGGGGCCCGGAGUUGUUUGUUGCGCGUUCGCAACAGGCUGGAACAGGACAUUAAGCCUAGUUAUCUAAUGGACCACAUGAUCAGUGAUGGGGUAUUGACAGUAGAUGAGGAGGAGAAAAUCAGAACUCAGUCAACCAGAAAAGAUCAGGCUGUGGAAUUGCUUGAGCUGUUGCUGAGGAAGGACAACCAUGCCUACAUAUCAUUUUACAAUGCCUUGAUUAAGGAGGCGUAUGACGAUUUAGCCAAUCUGCUCCAUGAUGACUUACCGAACAUCUCACCUAGUGUAUACAAGAGCUUCCCUGAUGGCUGCACACCUUAUGUUCAGACGGUGCUGAGUGAAGGUGGUGUACCUCAGAGGCCUGUGGUGUUUGUUAGCAGACCAGAAUUGGUCAACCGAAUCCGAGAGAAGCUGUAUCGACUCCAGAAGGAGCCUGGCUGGGUCACUGUCUUUGGAAUGGCUGGCUCAGGCAAGUCUGUACUGGCUGCUGAGGCGGUUCGACACCAUGGACUCAUUGAAGAGUGCUUUCCUGGAGGUGUCCAUUGGCUGUCAAUUGGCCAACUGGACAAACCAGACCUGCUGGCGAAGAUCCAGUCAUUGUGCUUCCGCUUGGAACAGAGCCUAGAUUCCCAGUCCCUCCAACGACCACCAAACUCUCUGGAUGAGGCCAAAGAGCGCCUGCGCUUCCUUAUGCUCCGCAGAUAUCCAAGAUCUCUGCUGAUUCUAGAUGACAUCUGGGACAGUACAGUACUGAAAGCACUUGAUAUCCAUUGUCGAAUACUGUUGACCACCAGAAAUAGAAGCCUCACUGAUUCAGUUAGUGGUGCAAAAUAUGAAGUGGAAGUAGAGAGUGGUCUUGAAGAUAACAAGGGCCUGGAAAUCCUUGCUUUGUACACCAAAACUAAACUUCAAGGACUACCUGAGGAGGCCCGCAGCAUUGUCAGAGAAUGCAAGGGUUCACCUCUGGUGGUGUCCCUCAUUGGGGCUUUGCUCAAAGAUAAACCCAACCGUUGGCGUUAUUACCUGUGCCAGCUGCAGCAGAAGCAGUUUAAACGUAUAAGAAAGUCAUCGUCAUAUGAUUAUGACGCUCUUGACCAGGCCAUGGCUGCCAGUAUUGAGGUAUUACCUGAUGAACAUCGAGACCUCUACAAAGACCUCACUGUGCUGGAGAAGGACAUCAAAAUUCCUGCCAAGGUGCUGUCUGUCCUGUGGGACAUGGAGCCGGAGGAGGUGGAGGACAUUCUGGAGGAAUUUGUCAACAAGUCUCUUCUUUAUGUGGACUCGAACAACAAACCCUACCUUUAUUAUCUGCAUGACCUCCAGCUGGACUUCCUGGUAGAGCAGAACCGGAAUGAGCUUGAGAGUCUUCACACUAAGGUGGUUCGUCAGUACCAGCAGCACUAUAAAGAUGGACAUCCUACCUCGGGAGACGAUGAGUGUCUCUACUGGAUCAGAUUCCUAACAUAUCACAUGGCCAAGGCUAAUCUUUCCCAGGAGCUCUAUGCUUUAAUGUUUUCUCUGGACUGGGUCAACAUCAAAGCGCAGAUCAUGGGCCCAGCUCACCUCAUCAAUGACUAUGUAGAAUAUGGACCUAUUUUGGACAAAGAGAACAGUGAGGUGCGCAGUCAUUUCCAGGAGUUUCUGUCCCUGAAUGGUCACCAGCUGGAGCAGCGUCCUUUCCCUGACGUGGUGCAGCUCGCUCUGUCUGAGCCCCACAACUCCGAAGUCUACAGACAGGCUCUGGUGAAGGCGCAGGAAGGGGCCAGCAGAGGAAAACUCUACAUCGACUGGCUAAAUAAAAGCAGUGUAGAGAGUCUGUCCCUUCUGGUAAUCCACCCUCAUCAGGGUUCCAUUUACUCUGCCUGCUUCUCCCAUGAUGGAACAAAGAUUGCUUCCUGUGGAGCCAGCAAAAUGCUAAAGGUGUUUAAAAGCAAAUCAGGUGAAAAGCUCAUGGAGAUUCAGGCCCAUGAUGAGGAGGUGCUCUGUUGUGCUUUCUCCCCUGACGACCGUUUGUUAGCUACCUGCUCAAGUGACAAGAAAGUGAAGGUGUGGAAUGUGGAGCGAGCCAUGCUUCUGAGGGUCUUUGAGGAGGAGCAUGAAGAGCAGGUCAACCACUGUCAGUUCACUAACACAACACGGCGCCUCCUUCUGGCCACCUGCUCCAAUGACAAGUUUUUAAAUGUGAAGUUGUGGAACCUCAAUAAGCCAUCCUCCCAGAACACUGUGUUUGGCCACUUUGAGCCAGUCAACCACUGUUGUUUCUCUCCUGAUGACAACUUUUUGUCCACUUCUUCCAAUGACGGCACUGUUAAGCUGUUUCAGGUGUCAUCUGCCAAUGAAUGGAAGACAAUCAAUGUGAGGGAAAUGUUUACAGAGAGCGAUGAAGAAGUGCUUGUCAAGUGCAGCACCUGGACUGCUGAUGGCAAACGCAUUAUAUGUGCUGCCAGAAAUGAUGUUUGGGUUUUUGAUGUAGAGACGUCAGACAUGCUGUUGGAGAUCAGAACCAAUCGGCUGAGUAUGGUCCAAUACUGUCAUGCCUGUCCGACCAGUAACCUGCUCGCUAUAGCAUAUUCAAACUACGCUGUGGAGCUGUGGGAUCUGGGAUCCAAUAAGAAGAUGGCGGACUGCAGUGGCCACCUGAGUUGGGUCCAGCGUGUCCAGUUCUCCCCUGAUGGCUCACAGUUACUCUCCUGCUCCGAUGACCAGACUGUCAGGUUAUGGGAGACAAAGAAGGUGCACACCUCCUCGGCUGUCUGCCUGAAGAGAGACUCUGAUGUUCUUUUCACUGACGAAGAAAUCAUUGUGUCGGCGGCAGACAACUGCAACAGACUGCAGGUGCGCGAUGGCAGGAAAGGAUCAGUGAUGUUCCAGUCGGAGGAGAAGUCGUCCCGGAUCCGUUGCACCUGUAUGUGCAGGCAGCUCUCGGCUGUGGUCCUGGGUCAGGAGGACGGCACUGUACAGGUGUUGGAGGUUCCCUCUGGGAGGCUCCUGGCUACUCUGCUGGGACACACCAAGACAGUGCUGCACUGCCAGUUCAGCCAGAACGGCCAGACGCUCAUCACAUCCUCUGAGGACACCACCAUCCGGGUGUGGAGGUGGCAGUCAGGCGAGUGUAAAGUACUACAGGGCCAUAAGGAGCAGGUCAGAUGCUUCUCUUUGCUUUCCAAGUCACCUACUGAAACAACACUGCUGUCCUGGUCCUUUGAUGGCACAGUGAAGGUGUGGGACAUUGACAGUGGAGAGAAGCUGCAGGACAUAGAGGCUCACCGUGAAGCCAUUCUGUCUUGUCAUGUCUCACCAGACGGAUGCUUCUUCGCCACCACCUCUGCUGACAAGAUGAUUAAGCUCUGGUGCUGCAAGUCCUGGCAGUGCAUCUACACACUGAGUGGUCACCAAGACUGUGUCAGAAGCUGCCGAUUCUCCUGGGACAGUCAACGCCUCGCUACAGGAGAUGACAACGGACAGAUCAGGCUCUGGAGUGUUAAGGACGGCUCUUUACUGAAGAUUUGUUCGCGUGAUGGUAAAGAUGGUAUGGACUCACUUCAUGGAGGCUGGGUGACUGACCUCCACUUCUCCCCUGAUGACUCUCUUCUGGUCUCAACUGGAGGCUACAUCAAGUGGUGGAACGUGGACAAAGGCGAGGCGCUGCAGACCUUCUUUCCAACAGGAAGUGCACUGAAGAAGAUCCACGUGUCUCCUGAUUUCUCCACCUUUGUGACCAUUGACAACAUUGGCAUCCUCUAUAUCCUUCAAAGGCUCAUGUGAGGUGCUGCUGCUGCAGAGAUUGGCUCAAGUUAAAAAAAACAAAGCAAAAACACCAAAAAAAAAAUCCCACUACAAGUCCAGCAAAUGCUAGAUGCUUUUAGCCAGACUGUUUGCAUUAAGAGAAUUUGCACAAACUAAACACACCUGGGUCUGUCUCUUCACUUAUACUGAGAGUACUUAUAGCAUCUCAGUUACUUUCUUGACUUGACCUGUUUACCUGUGUGACUCAGAUGAAACCACUCAAGUGACAAUCAGCUUUCCACCAGUUUGAGUGUUGAUGCAAUAGUCUGCUUCAAUCUCUCAUAAAAACAGCCUAUGUGGAAACAGGUGUUUUGCUGAUGAAAUUGAACAGAUUCUUCUCAAGCAGACUGAAUCAUUAACACCUAACGCAGAGAUAAUACCAGCGAACUGAAACAUAUGUGAUCUUGCAUCAGUUUAAGUGUGAAUAAUAAAUGUCAUUCUAUUUUGCAUUAAGGCUGCAUGUGAUGUGAGAGGUUUUGUACUCCACUGCAGUCAACAUAAGCUAUCGUGUGCAUUUGCUGAUUUAUUCAAAGUCAUGAAAUGAAUCUAAUGUCUCAAUGCUGUGAUACUUUUUGAACCAUAAUUUAUCUUUUUGUGUUUAAUGUGGGAUGAUGGGAUUUUUUUCAAUGUAAAAGCAUGUUCUUCUUGUCAAAAUCCAGUCAUUAGUAUGAACAGUUCUGAGCUUUUUUUACAGCCUUACUCUGUAUACUGUAGGUGCAGGUAUAUAUGGAUAUUCUCAGAAAUCUUUGCCUUCCAAAUCCACCAGCAUGACUUGUACAUCUUGUGCACUUUGAUAGCCAUAAAUAAUUUGUGGUUAGGUACAAUUUUAAGCAUUCAAGAUCAAUUCCAAAAACCUUCUGAAAGCCUGUGAACCUAUUUGUACAAAAGAAAUGUUUGUACUUUUGAACUUGGAUCAAGUAUAAGUGUUUUUCUACAAAACAUGUUGUAUAUGAUUUAUAAUUUAUAAUUAAAUUUCCACUUGCU